AUGUCCCACACUCCCAACGGCACAAACGGCUCCAACGGCCACCUGAAGCCAUCGGCCUUGCCGCCAGCCAUGCGCGACGCAAAGAACUGGGAGGACCAGGACAAGCUCUCGGACUACAUCCCCGUCUCGGCCGAUCUCAGCCGUGCACCCACCGCCUCCGCCUCCGUCUCCAGAGCCCAGACACCACCAAACAAGCGCGACAACGACACCGACGCCUCGGACGACGAUGCCGACCAGCUCGAGGACGAUGGCGAUGUUUCCAUGUCCUCGCCCUCCAAGACCGCGCGACAGCUCGAGAAGCAGCGCGAGAAGGAGGAGCGCGCCGCAGCACGCAAGCACGGAAAGGCCGUCAAGGCCGCUCAGGACGAGACGCUCGCCAGCACACGCGAGUCCAUGGCCAAGGCCAAGCUCGCCGACAGCUUUAAGCGCUACGGCUACCUCCUCGACCAGACCGAGCUCUUCCAGCACUUUAUCGACAUCAAGAAGGAGCGCGACCAAGAGUUUGCAGCCAUGCUCGAAGAGUCGCAGCAGGCCGCCGCCAAAAAGGCAAAGAAGGCCGGCGACAACCGCCGCAGAAAGACCGAAAAGGAGGAGGACGACGAGCUGCUCAAGGAGGGCGACGACGACCAAGACGAGGGCGCGUUUGUCUUCAACGAGUCGCCCGCCUACGUCAAGGGCGGCACCAUGCGCGACUACCAGGUCCAGGGCCUCAACUGGAUGAUCUCCCUCUACCACAACGGCAUCAACGGCAUCCUCGCAGACGAGAUGGGCCUCGGCAAGACGCUCCAGACCAUCUCCUUCCUCGGCUACCUCCGCGACUUCCGCAACACGCCCGGCUUCCACCUCGUCGUCGUGCCCAAGUCGACGCUCGACAACUGGUAUCGCGAGUUCCAGCGCUGGGUGCCCGGCUUCAACGUAGUCACCCUCAAGGGCUCCAAGGAGGAGCGCGACGACGUCAUCCAGAAGCACCUGCUGCCCCAGGACUUUGACGUGCUCAUCACCACCUACGAGAUGUGCCUGCGCGAAAAGAGCGCGCUCAAGAAGCUCUCGUGGGAGUACAUCAUCAUUGACGAGGCGCACCGCAUCAAGAACGUCGACUCGAUGCUCUCCCAGAUCGUGCGUGCCUUCAACUCGCGCUCCCGCCUGCUCAUCACCGGCACGCCGCUCCAGAACAACCUCAUGGAGCUCUGGUCGCUGCUCAACUUCCUCCUCCCCGACGUCUUUAGCAACUCGGAGGACUUUGAGUCGUGGUUCAAGGGCAAGGGCGACGAGAACCAGGACCAGGUCGUCCAGCAGCUCCACAAGGUCCUCCGCCCCUUCCUCCUCCGACGCGUCAAGGCCGACGUCGAAAAGUCGCUCCUGCCCAAGAAGGAGAUCAACCUCUUUGUCGGCCUCACAGAGAUGCAGCGCAAGUGGUACAAGAGCAUCCUCGAGAAGGACAUUGAUGCCGUCAACGGCGGCGUCGGAAAGAAGGAGGGCAAGACGCGUCUGCUCAACAUUGUCAUGCAGCUGCGCAAGUGUUGCAACCACCCGUACCUCUUUGACGGCGCCGAGCCCGGCCCGCCCUUCACCACGGACGAGCAUCUGGUGUUCAACUCGGACAAGAUGAAGAAGCUCGACAAGCUGCUGCGCAAGAUGAAGGCCAACGGCUCGCGCGUGCUCAUCUUCAGCCAGAUGAGCCGCAUGCUCGACAUCCUCGAGGACUACUGCCUCUUCCGCGACUACGCCUACUGCCGCAUCGACGGUGGCACCGCGCACGAGGACCGCAUCGCCGCCAUCGACGAGUACAACAAGCCGGGCUCGGAGAAGUUUGUCUUUUUGCUCACCACGCGUGCGGGCGGUCUGGGCAUCAACCUCACCACGGCCGACAUUGUGGUGCUGUUCGACUCGGACUGGAAUCCGCAGGCGGAUCUGCAGGCGAUGGACCGUGCGCACCGCAUCGGCCAGACCAAGCAGGUGUACGUCUUCCGCUUUGUCACCGAAAACGCCAUCGAGGAGCGCAUCCUGGAGCGCGCGGCGCAGAAGCUGCGCCUGGACCAGCUGGUCAUCCAGCAGGGCCGCGCACAGCAGGCGGCCAAGGCGGCGCAGUCCAAGGAGGAUCUGGUGGGCAUGAUCCAGCACGGCGCCGAAAAGAUCAUCACCAGCAAGGACACCAUGUCGAUCGACGACGACAUUGACGAGAUCAUCAAGUCGGGCGAGACGCGCACGCAGGAGAUCCAGGCCAAGUACCAGAGCCUCAAUCUGGACGACCUCAACAACUUCAAGUCCGACACGGUGUACAACUGGGAGGGGAGCAACUUUUCGGAGCGCAAGCCGAUUGGCCAGCUGUGGAUCGAGCCGAGCAAGCGCGAGCGCAAGGCCAACUACUCGAUCGACAACUACUACCGCGAUGCGAUGCGCGUGGGUCCCAAGCCGGCGCAGCCCAGGGCGCCGCGUGCGCCCAAGCAGAUCAACAUCAACGACUUCCAGUUCUACCCGCCGCGGCUGGGCGAGCUGCAGGAGCGCGAGACGGCGGCGUACCAGCGUUCCAUCGGCUACCGCGUGCCGCUGCGCGAGCCGGGCGAGGGCGAGACUGCCGACGACGUCGAGGAGGAGCGCAAGCGCGAGCAGAACUUCAUCGACACUGCCGAGGCGCUCACCGAGGACGAGGUGGAGGAGAAGGAGCAGCUGGCGCAGCAGGGUUUCGCGCACUGGAACCGCCGCGAGUUCCAGACGUUUGUACGCGGCUGUGAGCGCUACGGUCGCAAGGCGUAUGCGCUCAUCGCCGCCGACAUGCCCGAUGCGAGCAAGACGGAAAAGGAGGUGCGCGAGUACGCCAAGGUGUUCUGGGAGCGCAUCGACGAGCUGGCGGACCAUGCCAAGCUGCUCGCGCGCAUAGACGAGGGCGAGGCCAAGCUGCUCAAGCAGCACCACCAGGAGGCCGUGCUGCGCCGCAAAGUCAACUCGUACCGUCAACCGCUGCUCCAGCUCAAGCUGCACUAUGGUCAGAACAAGGGCAAGAGCUACUCGGAGGACGAGGACCGCUUUUUGCUGGUCAAGCUCGCCGAGUACGGGCUGGGAGAGGGCGAUGCGUACGAUCGCAUCAAGAAGGACGUCAUGCAGUGGGCUGGGUUUAGGUUCGACUGGUUCAUCAAGAGCAGGACGCCGCAGGAGCUCGGUCGACGAUGCAACACGCUCGUCCUGCUCGUGCUCAAGGAGGACGAGGAGGAAAAAGCCACCAAGGGCGGCAAGAAGAGGCAGCUCGACUCCGCCAGCAAUGCCGGUAGCAGUCGAGGCGGCACCCCCGCAGCCGCAGGCGCAGCCAAGAAGAAGAAGAAGUGA